UUUUAUAAUGCGGCGGUAUGAACGCGCAUCGCGCCUUCAGCUUACAUCACGCUCUUUCCCCCCACCAUCCCUAAAACCUCUUUUCAUACUUAACACCUCUUCCACACUGUUAAUCCACCACAGCCGCUGUGACUUGCAUGCACGAACAUCUACAGAAAAACAAGAAUAGAAGAGCCACAUUUACAUUACAGAUAACAUUAUCUGGAAUCUACACAUCUGAAAAGCUGGAUAUCUGCUGUGGCUUUUACUCUCCCCUGAAGAAAAGAAAAUGGAUAAUGUGUCAAUUUCUGGGAGUAAUCCAUCUCGCUGUAACUCAAGUAACUAUUCGCAUCCUAACUGCAGCACAUCUCCACCGUGGAUGUUAUACCCAGACUUCUACAUCUGGCUGCCAGUGGUUUACUCAGUCAUCUGUGCUGUAGGACUCACUGGCAACACAGCUGUCAUCUAUGUUAUACUGAAAGCCCCGAAAAUGAAAACCGUCACCAACUUGUUUAUCCUGAACUUGGCGAUUGCUGAUGACCUUUUCACUCUGGUAUUGCCUAUCAAUAUUGCAGAGCACCUGCUAAACUACUGGCCCUUUGGUGAGCUUCUUUGCAAAGUGAUCCUCUCAAUAGACCACUACAACAUUUUCUCCAGCAUUUACUUUCUCACAGUGAUGAGCGCUGACCGCUACCUGGUGGUGAUUUCCACACUGCAGUCCAAGCGGAUGCCCCAUCGCACAUACAGGUUUGCAAAAAUGAUCAGUGUGUGUGUGUGGGCUCUUGUUGUCCUUAUUGUGGCACCAUUUACCUUUUUUGCUGGCAUUUACGUGAGUCCUGAUGAUGCAGAGAGCAGGAAGAGUUGUGUGUUGAGCUUCCCAAGCCCUGAAAGCUUCUGGUUCAAAGCCAGCCGGAUCUACACCCUGGUCUUCAGCUUUAUCCUUCCUGUGUCAACGAUUUGUGUCUUGUACAGUCUAAUGCUCUACAAGUUGAGGCAUACACAUCUAAACUCCAAUGGCAAGGCACUGGAUAAAGCCAAAAAGAAGGUGACUGUUAUGGUCUUUGUGGUGCUUGCGGUGUGUCUGUUCUGUUGGACUCCUUUUCACUUAAGCACGGUGGUGGCUCUGACCACAGACCUGCCCACAACUCCACUGGUUAUUGGAAUCUCCUACUUCAUUACAGGCUUGAGCUAUGCUAACUCCUGCCUUAACCCAUUUCUUUAUGCCUUCCUGGAUGACAGCUUCAGAAAAGCUUUUAAGAAAAUGCUCGAAUGUUAAUCUGUGCAAAAGGGACACAAAUUUAAAAGCUUAAGGUCAAUUUCACGAGCAAAGCCGGAUCAAAAAAGGUAGGCUUUUCAAAAGGAACAAUGUGUUGCGAUCACAACAGGCCAGGUCUAGUGGGGUUUUAUUCCUUCCCCUGUCAUUUUAAGGACCAUGGUGUGACACAUAAUAAUACAGCAGAAUGACACACAGGACUACACAAAGUGUCCCAUAGCAGAAGCUAUAGACACUGUAUCCUUUAAAUUUACAUUGAAAAAUGCGUAUCAACUGUUUUGAUGAGUCUAUGUUUGUAAUAUAUGUUGUGUAGCCAAUUCAUCAGACUCAAAUUUACACAGAACUGCUGAAAUAAGUGACUAAUUAUAUUACAAUACAGAGAAGAUUCAAAGGAUGUUUCCAUCUGUUAUUAUGAGAUAAGUCUGAAUCUGACAGUCUAUUUGUAUUGUAUUGAGAUUGCAGCUGCUGUGGGUCUUAUUUCAUUUACAUGUACUCCACUAAGUCUAUACUAACUGAAUAACACUGUUCUCACAAAUAUAUUAUAAUCUAUAGAAUAGGUCUUAUAUUGCCAAACAUGCUUCUUUGUUCCUUUUUACUUAAUAAUAGCAUUUAAUAUAGCACAUGUACUGUUGUUUAUUCUGCUGUAAUUAACUGUAGGCUACUGUAUUGCUUCUCUACUCUCUAGUAAUGAAUAAAAUAAAAGGUUUAUGCUAUAAUGUUUUUUGUUCUUUAGGCAAAUACACUAACAGACAUACUUUAAUUUACCAAACUAUGUUUUUGUCAUUUGUAUAUAAGUAAAAUACAUAUUUCAAAACCCCGAGCUCAACUCACUAACCACAAAAAAUUUCCACAGACCAAACCCUGAUGGAACUGACACAACAUGAAUGCAAAUUAUAUGAUUAGAUGCUCAGAAUGUCCAAUAGCAUUGUAAACUAAUCAUAAUGCUAUAAUAUCAAAGUUUAGGUUUCUUCAAUUGGCUAGGUUUCAGCUAAUAGAUCAUUUUAGCUCUUAGGGAAAAUAAAGGCACAAUAUCAGCUUAGCUAGAAAAAAGGGAAGGGAUGAGUGACCAUGCUAAAAGAUGACAGCACAGUGGGUCACUAGUGGCAAGAUCAUUCACCCAACUGGAACAGAUAACUAGAGAGAGAGAGAGAGAGAGAGAGAGAGAGAGAGAGAGAGAGAGAGAGACCUUUUUAGCGUUAACACACACACACACACAAAUACACACACAUACACAUAUAAUGUAUGACAUAUACAUGUCAUCUCUCUCUCUCUCUAUGUAUACACACACACACACAUACAUAUAUAUAUAUAUAUAUAUAUAUAUAGAGAGAGAGAGAGAGAGAGAGAGAGAGAGAGAGACCUUUUUAGCGUUAACACACACACACACACAAAUACACACACAUACACAUAUAAUGUAUGACAUAUACAUGUCAUCUCUCUCUCUCUCUAUGUAUACACACACACACACAUACAUAUAUAUAUAUAUAUAUAUAUAUAGAGAGAGAGAGAGAGAGAGAGAGAGAGAGAGAGAGAUGAUAUGUUGAUAGUCAUAGAUUAGAUAUAGAUAUAGAUAUAUACAUUCACUGUCCACUUUAAUAGGAACACCUGUACCCCUGCACAGUCAUCUGCUUGACAGGUAUCUGUACUGCUGAUGAUUGGUUGAUUGGAUAAUUGAUUGAGGAGGUGAGUUUUAUUUUAAAGCAACACAGUGGGUGUAUUUUAAAGUAACACAAUAGGAACAUAUGUAUAAUUUAGGGCUGUGAUUAUUUAUGAUUAGAUUAAUGAAGACUGUCAUUCCUAAUUACUACAGUUUCAUAGUUUUAGUUAUUUCAUUUUAAUUUCAAACCCACAUUAUAAUGACUUUACUUUUUCUGAGGCAUAAUUUUAGUUUGGACAGAAUUUGAAAAUAUUAAUUACACUUAUGGAUUUUUCAAUGGAAUAAUCAGUGUUCGUAACCUUUGUGUUACGUGGAAUUUUCAAUAUUAUAUUUUUAUUAUAUUUUAUUAUAUUUUGUUUUCAUAAUCGUGGUGUAAUGUGUAAUAUUACCAGCAGAUGGCAGUAGAGCACUGUACUCUGGUUUCCUGUAUCCCACCCUUUCUUUCUCUUUCACAAUCAAUUUUCAGUGCUUUGUCCCAGUUGGAUAUUACAUUCAUUAAGACAUAAUUUUCUUGUCUGAUGGUGUUGCUAAUUGUUGCUUAAAGCCUAGAAGAAGCAAUUUCUUCCAGAGAAUGUAACCUCCAUUUGCAUGUUCAUGAAUUAUUGACAGUUAUUAAGACUCCAAUUGUACCCC